UCUAUCUUCCAAAGCUCUUGAAAGUUGCUCUCAAGGAUAUUUUAUUUAAAGGUGCGAAAUAGAGCGCCUAGAGUUUCUAAGGGGCUCUUUUUAUGGAGCACCUUCAUUUUGCUUAGAGCAAGGCCUGCUUAGUAUGUAUGAUUGAGAAAGGGAGGGACCAAAAUUGACACAUUUAGAGGGUUGUAUGACCUUAAUUAUUGUUCAUUGAUUUUUAUUUUUUCAAGACCUACCUUAAUUUAUGCAAACGAGAACACUUGUGAUGGAAUGGGGAAAAUUCUUGAGACUGUACACCAAUAUGUGCCAUGUUAUGAAGUUCAAGGAGAGAAGCAUUUUAGCAGCCAGGCAAUUGUGGGUGAUCAAUUGACAGUAGAGAGAGGAGUAAAUGGUUUGAUGGAUGUCUCAAAUGGAUUCACAUCUGAGGAGCGUAGAGAAGGUCUUCAUUUUGAGAUUGCUGACUUUCAUGGUGGAAUAAAGUUCUUAGAGCUCAUAUAUGAGGCAUUCUAUCAUCCACAAUCAGCAAGUGAUAAAUGCACAUUAUAUUGUGACAGAAACCUAGUUGAUAGAAGAAAUGUGUCAACAGAUGUUAAACAUCGAGUAAACCAAUCAAAGAAGUUUCUUAAUUUGACAGUCAAGGCACGUGUGAUUGCUGGAGCAUUAAAACUGUUGGAUCUAAGAUCUGUUGAUGAUUUGCCCCUGCAGCAUACGAUGCAAGCCAAUGAAAGGUCAACUACAGAAGAAAAAAGGAAUAAUCUUCACUCUUUGGCGUCAGAAAUAGUUGACAAGUUUAUUUUGAGAACUGAAAAGGUGGAACACAUCUUGAAUAAAGUUGAGGCUGAAAAUGAACAUGAGAAGCAAAAAGCACAGAAGCAUUUCCAGUGUCGUUUUUCUGGAUGUGGCAAAGUUUUUAAAUAUGAUGGCAAGGCAAGAAGGGAGCAUGAAGCUACUCAUGGAAUGACACAUUCUGUGCAACCCUCCAAAAGUUCAGGGGCAGUAGAUGAGAACAGAGAUGAUAUGCUUAACUAUCAGCUGGCUUUGUUGGAGGUUGGGAUGCUGAUCCAAAAUUUCUUUGAUGCCAUUUCUGAAGGUGACAGGGAAAGAAUUGUCAGAUGCUGGAAGUUCUUUCUACCAUAUUUACGUUUUGAUGGGCAAGGAAGCACCAAAUAUGCACUUGAGGCAUUUUAUUUGCUAUGUCAGGUGAAUGGACUUCUGACUACAAAGGCUGCACACGAGCUUAAAUGGAACAGAUUUUUUAAAAACAAAAAUGGACCAGGUGGAAACAUACCCUUGGACCUUGCACUUGAACAUCACAACAAGCUGAUAAAAACACUGAUGCAAAACCUAGGCCCAAAUGCAACCAAUCAGCAAUGUCUGAAUAGAUAUAUAAAGGCAUUAAGGGUCAACAAAGAUGUGCUUGACAGAUUUGACCAGCAAAUAUUUUUCAAAAAGCGAUCAGGAGAACAUAAGCGCCGCUGUGAAAAAGCAGAUUUGCACAAAGUUGUUAAUGAGCUAGUUAAAUAUGAUGCAUUGACACAUAAGAAUGGCCGAAAAUACAAGCACUUUUGUAAUGUUAAUGACAGUAUCUUGGAUGGAUUUGACAUGCAUGCCAUGUUCGCAUGGAUUAAUGAGCACAAAAAGAAAGUUUUGCAAAAAAAGUGUCCAAGAUAAUUAUAUUAUAUAUAUAAAACAAGAGAACAUGUUGCAUAAUUUGUAUCUGUUUUGGUUUAUUUAACAAAUUUGUUUGCAUUUAGGGUUGAUCUUACUAAUUGCAAGGUGUUAUGGAGCUGUAGGGCAAGGGAGGCUCAUCCUCAUCAAUAUUUUUGCAUAUCUUAAAAUUUUUCCCUAUUUUCCAUUAGCCAGCCACCACCUGUCAGAAUAAAAAAGUAUUGAAAAAUAAUGCAAAUAACACAACCAUCACCACACAUGCAAUGUGCCUGAAUGCUUGUGAUAUUGCCAACUUUUGCUUAACAAUAAAGACCCGGCCUACAUGCAAACCCUCUGAAACAAAAUAGUAUCGAGGUACCUUUAACGUUUAAUUCAAAUUUUUUUGGAGGGGGGUGAUGGCUUAAACCAUAUGUAGGCUUGGAGGAGUAGGUACUGCAAAUUGAUGUAAAAUGGAACAGGGUGUCCAGAAUUGGGGUAUUUAGAGCAUACAUACUUUUUAGACAGCCCUUUAGUGCACCAGUUAUGUUAAUAAGUAAUUAAAGCAUUUUUAGUUGUUUUACAUAACAAAUAAAAAACAUGUUUUACCAAGCAAAUCACAUCAAAUGUUACAUUUAGAUCAUUUUAUUCGCUUCACAGCAAAGUUCAGUUCUCCAUUUCAAUGUCAUCUUCUUCAUGUAUUUUCUCAAUGGCUGAUGACAAAAAGCCUG